AUUUUGGUCAUGUUUUGCCGUAAUUUUAGGCUCCAAAUACCUUUAAGUAUACUGUACAAACUGUAAGAACAUAAAUUUGAAUUUAAGGAGAACUGGAACCAUUCAGUGCGCGGAGAUAAAUUUUCCGUAGAAAUAUGGUCGACGAAUUCAGGCCUUCGACUUCAACAUUUAAUUCCUCAAGAUGCGUCAGUUUUGAGGGAGUACUUGUCCGGCAAGCCACCAUUGAAGAUGAACAAGAAAUCGUCAACCUUUCAUGCUCCAUCUACAAUGAACAUGACUGGCUUGCCACGAACUUCUUAAGGAUCCUUCAAAAAGAUAAGAAUCAUAUUUUCGUUGCAGUGGUGGAGGAAAACAUCGGUGGAUGUGUAAUGUGCUGCGUGGUCGAUUCAGACGCCACCCUUGUCAUGUGGGGAAUGCGAAUUCAUCCUCAAUAUCGCAGAAGAAACAUCAGUUAUCAGCUGCGAGAAGCCGUGUYUACUUUUGUCAGAGAUAACUACCCUUCUGUUUUGAUUGAACGGUUCACUGCCAUUUCUGAAAACAAACACGUCGAGAGACUCAGACUCAAACUCAGCUUCAAAAAGGUCAUAGAAUACAAAGGCUUCAGUGUCGAAAUAAGCGACGAGGUAAGAAAACUUCUCUUAAAGGUUUUACAAGCAGUAAUGACAAAAAAUUGCUCCAUGAAAAAAGUUAGCAAAGAAGAUAUCUUAUCUAUGAUUGGUAAACACCAUCUAUUGCCAGCUCGUACAGUAAUUAUGGAGUAUGUUCCAUAUGCACUGACAGAAUCAAACAUGGACAUGAUUUUUGAGGAGAACGACGUUGUUUUAGUUGAUAAGGACCCAACAAGGCCGUCUCGUACCGACAGGUUACGAAACCUCUUUCCAGGGUUAAAGUCCAGCGGMAUCUCGUCAUUUAGCCACGCCCGAGUUGUYCAAAGAGUCGAGAAUUCACAUUGGGAAACAGUUUUGUACGCGUUCACACCAUUAAGUGUCAGAGAUCAUAUACACUGGCAAUUACGAGAAGCUCUUCAAGCAUUCAAGGACAAGUUUGUUUUCACCUGCUUUCACGCUUAUUAUAAUGCUGAAGUCGUGUGGGAUGUACUUGURCAGGAACUGUGUUUAAGACAGCUAGAGGACAAGCAUCCCCUGACUAAGAUUAUUGUAUAUGAAAGACCGGUUGAGAGGAAUGAAGAAAAAGCCGUUACAUCACUAUAAAAAAACGAUGGUCUACUCUUCAAGUGACUAAUGUUUUUUGCACGUAUAAGUGACCACGUUCUGGGCGUAUGGUACGAAGUCAUCAUCGCCACCGYCUUAGAACCAGGCGAAAAUUUGGCGCACUSCACUUCGCAACAGGAUCAAAGUCAAUAUURAGACUAAAAUUAAGACUUAUUUUUCCUUUGUAGGAACGGCACAAUUGCUUCUAUAUUCUCGGAAAGAAAAAGCAAAAACGGGUCAUUGCAAGGACUAAAACUCCCUUGCUUUSUGUUGCACAAAAUGGCGUCGCUUAAUUACAAUUUUUUUACAAAACUAUGUUUGUUAUUUGGGGAACUGUAUCUUUUUAAAGCUUCAUAGUAUUGUUUUUGAACCUAUUUUGCCAUCCACAAUUCACAUACUGAAGCCAAAUGGGUCUCAAAGUUUUAAUAAAAUACUGUCU